AUGUUGUAUUUCAUUUUAGAGGCUGGUGUGAUACGAAUAUCAGGUCCAACUGUUAUCAAACAGAGCCAAAGUAUUCAAGAACUGUCUCGGGCAUCUUCAGAACCAAGCUAUGUUGUUGGUGAAUGGAGUCUAUGCAGCAAGACUUGUGGUCCUGGAAUUCAAGUUCGUCCAGUGUCUUGUCAGAUAUACUUGACAUACAGCGAAUCAACAGUUGUCUUAGAAGAUGAUAAAUGUCUGACCAUCAAACCAGAAGAGAAUCAGGAAUGCAACAUUGGAAGUUGUAUGAAUUACGGCGAAAGUGAAUACCCAACUGUAGAUAUUGAAACAGAGAUAUAUAAAGACAUAUCUACAUCAAACUCAGUUGAGAAUUCAUGCUCUGUAACAUGUGGCGAGGGUUCCAGGAUCCGUGCAUCUAUAUGUAUGAAGCCAACAACCACUGGUAGUAUGGAGGAAACUGAUUCCGUUGAGUGUAAUAAGCUAGAACAACCACCUAUAAUAUUACCAUGUACUGGACCACCGUGUUAUG